GAUUGUGGGGAAAAGGAAACACUUCUGCAUUGCUGGUGGGAAUGCAAGCUGGUACAGCCCCUCCAGUCACGUAUACCAAAUACUCCAAAAUAUUUUCACCAUAAAUUGAGAUGCAGACUUGCAUAAAUAUGGCUAAGGAGAAACACUAGACAAAACCUUCUCUACUUAAAAUACAAGCAAAGAACAAGCAGAUGAUGGUUGCUGACACUAUUUGAAGAAUGCUGCAAUGCAGUGCACAUGGAAGACAAUUGUGGAAAAUGGAGGCUCCAGGGGGUCAGGUCAAAAAGGGAACAAAGCACCUUGCAUAGAGUACUCUGGAUUCCCAUCAUGAGCUUGUUCGAAUGUGGCAAGUCCUCUUACAACUCAGAAAUUGUACAUAGUAGAUCCUAAAUUUUCCAUAAUUACACCACAGCCAUAAAUUUUUCUGAAAGGCAAUACUGCAGCCAUCAAUGGUUUUGAGCUCCACAAAGAGUUGUAAUGGAAUACACACUAUUGCCCUGUUCCCCAUGGGUACCUCUAUUUACAUAGCUCCCUCCCCUAUGUAAGCUAUUGGUGCAUGGUGUCAUUUUAAGACCAAAUCUAACCACUCUUCAUUCCAACUUUCAUGUUCAAAGGCCACUUGAGUGGCUCCAUCAGGGUACCACAAAUUAUAUAUACAUCUUUGGUUAUUAGAAUGCCUUCAUGCUGUGUGACCUGCUACAGAUCAGGGUCUCAGAGUCAUCAGUUAUAGUCUGUAGAGACACCAUGGAUAUCCAAACAGAACCAAAGCCUAUGCAGCCUCCUUCAUAAUACCCAAUUUCUUCAGGGGAAAAUAUUUUCCAGAUUAAUUCUCCCACCCUAUUGGUAAGACACUGACACACCAGAUGCAUAAAAGAGGAUGAAGAAACAUGGGAAUGAAAGACAAAUUGAUGCCACCAAGAAAACACAAAAUCUUCUGUCAAGGGACACUGCAAAGGAAGCUGAGGAAAUUCAAGAAAAAGAAAAGAAUAAUUCUAAAGGAAUAUACUGAGAAUAAAGAGAAUAUAUAGCAUCACUACAUAAAAGCAUUAACACAAUUCAUUGCAUAAAUACUGAGAAGUUUAUAAAAUAAGUAGGUAUAUUUUUUUAAAGUGCUGUAGGGCUAGGGAAGUUCAUGGGUAGAGUAUUUGAUCUACAUGUAUGAAGACCUGAUCCCAAAUGUAUUUGUUGGAGUUCUCUAGAGUAACAGAACUGAAAAGAGAGAGAGAGAGAGAGAGAGAGAGAGAGAGACAGAGAGACAGAGAGAGAGAGACAGAGAGACAGAGAGACAGAUGCAGAUAUAGACACCGAUUACAGUGGCUUCAUAUUGUUAUCCAACCUGCUCAACAACAACUGUUUACCAAAGGAAAGACCAGGAAUCCAGUAGUUGUUCAGUUCACGAGGCUGGAAACCUUAGCUGAUCUUCAGUAUAGGCUGGAAAAAGGAAGAACUAGGCUCUAAUGCCAGUGAGUCUGUAUAGUAUUGUGUUGAAGAUUUUGAAUGCUGAUGGGCAAAAGACAACUGUUAGGAGAUAUGGGAUUAUGAACAGGACUGAAAAUUUGAACCAAUCUAUAUACUUUAGGACUAUCUUAACUUUAAAAAUGAAGUCAAAACAUAUUUGUCAAAUGGAAAUCAAAAAUGCUUUGGAGUUUUAUUCCCACAGGAGACAAGAAGCUUUGGAUUCCUUCAGGAAUAAUAUGGAUCAGCUUUGAACAAUGAGACCUCCUGAAUCUUGACAGUUGGAUAAUAACCGUACUUUGAACCAUAUCUGGACAAUAACCUAAGGCUAUGCUGGUCUACACCCUGGGCCCUUUUCCAACCAAGUCAUGGGUCAGGCAAUCUCUGAUGCAUCUAAGAAGGAAGACAAUGGAGAUUUGGUUUCCAGCUUCAUCACAAAUUUUAAGAAUAUCAAGGCAGAAAACCAAAUCAUUUCUCUGGAAACCACCCACUUGAUUGAGCUACAUCUGAAACAAGGAAAUAUUCAGGGGGCAAACUCUAUAAUCAGAGAUGUAUUAAAAAACAUUGAUAACGUCCCCAUAAACAUUGCUGUGACCGGAGAGUCUGGAGCAGGGAAGUCCAGCUUCAUCAAUGCCCUGAGGGAGGUGGGGCAUGAUGAGGGAGAUGCAGCUGAAGUUGGGGUGGUAGAGACAACUAUGAAGAUAACUUCAUACAAACACCCAAAAAUUAAAAAUUUGAAUAUAUGGGAUCUUCCUGGUGUUGGAACUCUGAAAUUUCCACCCAAAGAUUAUCUGAAGAAAGUAGAAUUCCAAAAGUAUGACUUCUUCAUUAUUGCUUCUGCCACACGUUUUACAAAACAUGAAAUAGAUCUUGCCAAAGUAAUCACAUUAAUGAACAAGAAUUACUACUUUGUGAGAACCAAGGUGGACUUUGAUAUAGAUAAUGAAAAGAAAUGCAAACCACGUACUUUUGACCGAGAAAAGAUCCUGCAGCGAAUCCGAAACUCCUAUCUGGAUACCUUUCGUGAGAAUAAAAUUGAUGAGCCACAGAUUUUCUUAAUCUCUAAUCACAAUUUAUCUGACUAUGAUUUUCCAAGCCUAGUGGACAUCCUGAUAAAGGAUCUUCCUGCUCAAAAGCGCCACAAUUUUAUGCUUUCUUUGCCCAAUAUUACAGAGGCAGCCAUUCAAACAAAGUACAGCACUUCAAAGCAGCUUCUCUGGUUGGAAGCCAUCAAGGAAGGUGUUUUGACUGCUUUUCCUGUACUGAAGAGCAUCAACAACAGUGAGGUAGAGAAGCUAGAAGCGAGUUUAAACCACUACCGAAUCCUCUUUGGAGUGGAUGACAAAUCCCUAGAAUUAAUUGCUAAGGAUUGCCAAGUGCCUGUCGAAAAACUGAAAGAAAAACUUAAAUCUCAUUCUUUGUUGACAAAUAAGGAAAAUGAAACAUUAGGAGAAAAGCUUUUCAAUUGUUUGGAAAAUUUUCUCUCAGUUAGUGAUGGGCUCCUUGCUACAGGUCUUUACUUUGGGAAAAUCUUUUACUUUCAAUUUCUUUUCCUUGACGCAGUGACUGAAGAUGCCAAAGUUCUCCUUAGAGAGGCAUAUUCAAAAGAAUAGCUCAAAUUCAACUCACCCACAGCUACUGUUCAUGACAACAUCAAAUGAUUAAUACCAGGGAGGCAUUAGAAUAAAUUACCCCCUCCGACAUCUUUUCUAGCCAAUCCACUACCACAUGGCAAAACAUAAGGAUAAGGGUCAUGUGCGUUAAUAUGUCAGAACCUGACAACGCCCAAUCUGUCUUCAAGUCUCUGUGUUCACCUACACCUUCUUUCAAGUCUUUCAACUACACACACUAACUUGAACACACACAUACAGAAAGAGAAGGGGGAGAGAGGGGGAGGGAGGAUGAGCUCUGUGUCACUUCUGUACUUCCUUACAAUGAUUUUCUGUUGCAACAUUAACCUCUCUGGAACCUGUGCACAAACAUUUCUUACUUUUCAGGCACCUUGCUCUGUUGUUCUCAUUGUGUGUCACAACACAUGCACACACACACACACACACAAACACACACACAGACACACGCAUGCAAACACUCAUGCAUAUUCACCUAAAAGUUACUUCUAUCCUCAUUAAGUCUGAGUUAAAAGAGUGACUAGCCAUGGCUUGUAGAUUCUAUCAACAGGAAGACCUUAAGACCAAAGUCAAUAGAAACCAUAGCCACCAAGAACAAGUUUCUUAAUAAUCUAUCAAUUCCUAAAACUCCUCAUCAGAAUCCUUCUAGAGUCAGUAAAGAACAUCUAUAAUUCUAUGCCAGAACCAGCGAGAACCCUGAGUUCCCUCUCUCUGUCAUUUCUUACCUUGGCAAUGAUGGUGAAGAACUACUUUGAUUCGUAAGUGAUGCUAUAAAAUAAUACAUAAUAAAUUGCUGAUUACAAA